AUGGACUGGCUAACCUGGGUGAGAGAGGAGGCCCAGCAGAAGAAGAUGGUCCUGGUUAUUGUGUUCAUCGCCUUGUUUCUGGAUCACAUGCUACUGUCAGUGGUUGUGCCAAUCCUUCCAAGUUACCUGUACAGGACUGACCAGGCUACCACCAACACUUCUGGGAACAGCACUGACUUAAAAGUUGAUCUGCCUAUCAUCAAGUCAGUCAGUAACAGAUCAGGAAUUUUGAGCUCCACAUUUGCACCUCCACAUCAGAACCCAGGUCUCUCUACGGAUCCCAUUGGGGCUCAGAAAUUCCCUGAGUCAAACUGCUCUCAUGCAGAUGAUCAGCUGGACCAGGUUAACAUUAAAGUAGGACUGCUGCUGGCCUCCAAGUCCUCCAUACAGCUUAUUGUUAACCCUUUCAUUGGGCCACUUACAGACAGGAUUGGAUACCACAUGCCAAUGUGUGUGGGUUUCUGCAUAAUCAUCAUUGCUACGACUUUGUUUGCCUUUUCAUCUAGCUACAUCUUGCUGCUUCUCGCCAGAUCACUGCAGGGUGUGGGUGGAUCCUGCUUGUCCGUGGCAGGAUUGGGUAUGCUGGCUGAUGCAUACAAAGAUGACACGGAGAGAGGGCGUGCAAUGGGUUUAUCAUUCACUGGUUUGGCCUUAGGAUUGAUAGCGGGUGCUCCAUUUGGCAGUGUGAUGUAUCAGUUUGUGGGGAAGAUGGCUCCAUUCCUGGUCCUGGCUGCCGUUGCUGUGUUGGGUGGAGGUUUACAUGUUCUCAUCUUUAAACCGUCGCAGGUGCAAACAGAGAUGAACAAAGGGACUCCGUUGCUGAUUCUCCUGAAGGAUCCAUACAUUCUCAUUGGUGCUGGAGCCAUAUGUUUUACAACUCUGGUUGUUGCCACAAUUGAGACAGCCCUCCCUAUCUGGAUGAUGAAGACCAUGUGUGCUAGCAAUUGGCAGCUAGGCAUAGUCUUCUUGCCAGACAGCAUAUCCUACCUAAUUGCAUCAAACAUAUUUGGUCACCUGUCACAGAAAUACAGCAGAAGUUGGCUAUAUGCUUGUAUUGGAAUUAUCCUGGCAGGAAUAACAUCCAUUCUGGUGAGUCUCACAGAUUAG